CUCGGCCACGGCGAAAGGAAGGAAACCAACAGCUCUCCAUUCAGGGAGGAAAGGGGAGAGUGGGAGUGGAGAGCCGGCCUGCAGGACGCAUGCGCGCCUGGAGGGUGUAGGGUGCCUAUAAUAACACAGCCAGCAAGUCGGCGGAGAAGCAGCGACGGGAGCCCGCGCGCCCCGGGAACUCCUGCUGGCCGCCACCUCCGGCACAUGAGCCGGUCCGGGAGCGCCCCAGUGGCCGCGCGCCUGCAGGGAAGGGGAGGGCCGGCCAGCUGGCUGCAAACGGCGGGGCGCCUCCUUGCAGAGGAGUGAGGCGGAGGGGCUGCCCGCCGGGGGCUCCUGCUGGCCUCUGCCAAGGCGCGGGGAGAGGAAGACGAGCCGGCGGCUGAGAGGGAAAACUCCGGGCGGGACAGCAGAGCGCGGCCGGCCAGGUGCUGCUGCUGUUGCUGCUGCUCCGGCUGCCAGCCUGAAGCUUCGCGCGCUGGGGAGUUGCCGCCCGGCGGGGCUGGAGUCACUUCGGGGCGGGCAGGCGGCGAUUGAGACUUUUUGAAGAGGCGACGAGGGCUGACAAUGGACGUGGUUGGAGAGUGAGGCGGGGGAGCCUGUCCGCGCCUGCCCUGCGCGCCCCGACGCCACCCCGCGGACUUGCCGGAGGGUUAUGGUUGCGGGAGCGCCCGGUCCCGCCUCGGCUGGGCUCGCUGACCCUGAGCGGCGAGUGGGCGGGGGAGAGGUCUUGCGGCGCGUCUCCCCCCCGGGGCCCCCCUCCGGCGGCCGCAUUCCUGGGGCGGCGUCCAGCCCGCGCCUGCUGCUCUCCCGCUUUCAGCAGCCUCCCGGCACUGUCUCUUCGGACUCAUGAGAAGGGCGGCUCGGAAGCGCCUGCGGAGCCCCGGAGGCAGCUGCUGCCUGCCGGGCGAGGGAGGCGCCCCCGGCCAGUGAGUCCGCUGUGUGGCGCCUCGACCCGGCUCGUCGGGAUCCCUGCUCCGUGGGAUUGAUUCCUUCCACCUGGCCCCCUCCCCGCCGACUGGAUACCCAACUAGCUGUCGCCCCAAGGCGCUCUGCAACCUGCCGCGAGGAACUCGGCGAAGCGGGCGAAGACUUUACAUACAGACGCCCCAACAAGUUCUCCAUUCCCAGCGUGCCCCGGGCAAGCCAGGCCAGCGUGGCGCCGCUGAGUGCCCGCGUGGGUGUCCCCACCUGGGCAGAACAUCUCCAGGGGCCCCUCCUCCCCAGAGCGCCGGCAGGCGUCCAGAGCUGCUUUCCUGGGCGGUGUGACCCCGCUGCUAGGAGGACCGUCCCGCCCCGCGCAUCCUGAGACAUCGCCUCCCACCGCACCAAGUUGUGCCCCCACCGCACCAAGCCAUUUCUGUGCGUUCCUCUCUCUGCUUCGCACGACAGCCAGGGGAGACGAGACGCGCGUCUAGGGGACCUGCACGUCUGAACGGUGCCCGGGUUGGGACGUCGGGCGCUGCUGCUGGUGCUGCCCCCUGGCGGUGCCAUGUGGAGGGGGCGCUGCUGUCUGCGGCGGGCGGCGCUGGGCGGGGGGCUCUGGCUGCCGGUGUUGCUGCUGGGGCUGCUGCUGGGGCUGGCGUCGAGGGCGCGGGGCAGCGGCGAGUACUGCCACGGCUGGCUGGACGGCGCGGUCUGGCGGGACGGUUUCCAGUGCCCGGAGCACUUCGACGACGGCGACGCCACCAUCUGCUGCGGCACCUGCGCCCUGCGCUACUGCUGCGCCCGAGCCGAGGCCCGGCUGGAUCAGGGCGUGUGUGACAACGACCGGCAACAGGGCGGAGCCGAGCACGGCCGGCCGGACAAGGACAUCCCCGACGGCGCGGCAGUGCCUAUCUAUGUGCCGUUCCUUAUCGUUGGAUCUGUUUUUGUUGCCUUCAUCAUCUUGGGCUCUCUGGUUGCAGCUUGCUGCUGCCGAUGCCUGCGGCCCAAGCAAGAGCCUCAGCAGAGCAGAGCGCCCGGAGGUAACCGGAUGAUGGAGACCAUUCCCAUGAUUCCAAGCGCCAGCACCUCCCGAGGGUCGUCCUCACGUCAAUCAAGUACUGCUGCCAGCUCCAGUUCCAGUGCCAACUCGGGGGCCAGGGGCCCCCCUACCAGGUCUCAAACCAACUGCUGUUUACCAGAAGGGACCAUGAAUAAUGUAUAUGUCAACAUGCCUACGAAUUUUUCAGUACUGAACUGCCAGCAGGCUACACAGAUAGUGCCGCACCAGGGACAGUAUUUGCACCCGCAGUAUGUAGGAUAUGCUGUUCAGCAUGACUCCAUGGCUCCCGUACCACCUUUUCUGGAUGGUCUCCAAAGCGGAUACAGGCCAAUUCAGUCUCCUUAUCCUCACAGCAAUAGUGAACAGAAGAUGUACCCAGCAGUGACUGUAUAACUUGAAGGAGGGGAGGUGAAUGAAUCACACAAACAAUAUAUAUAUAUUGCUCCAACAGACUGAGUGGAGGAUAAAGCUUUUGGGACAAAGUCUGCUGAACAUAAUUUGUAAAUAAUUUCAGAUGGCUCGUGCAUGUCAGACUGUGUUUAUAUAUUUUCCCCCCACCCCCCCAUUGGAUUCAUUUGCCAAAAAAAGGGAACACCCUCUCCGAAGAUAUCUUUGAAUUAACAUUUCCGAAUAGUUCUUCCAUUCCAGUGCAUGAUUGACAGAGGCAAAGGAUUACUCUGGAGAGGUAUCUACAUUUCAAGUAGUUAAGUGUUUGUGAAAGUGAGUAGAUGCCUCAGCCAAUAAGUGCCCUUCAGGUGCAAUACAGAGGAAUUUGCCUAGAUAAUAGAAUACAUGCUAUAAAAGAUCGUAUUUUAAAAGCAUCCUCCUCUUCCGCUAACUACUCUUCAUAUUUGCUGUACUGACAAUCAUGGUGAUGGCAGAAGGCGAUACAGUGCAUUUCUUGUUAGCUACAGAGUCCUUGGAGCUUAAUCUGAAAUCACCACAUUUUAUGAUAACAAUUUCCUCCAUAGGCAGUGUGCAAACAAUUUCAUUUCCAGAGGGACUUGAAGCGAUCCAGUGUUUUUGGAUCCUUUUGUCUAUUUGGCUGUGAUCCAAAGAGUUUGCUACCACCUCAUCUUCUUUCAAUAGCCGCAUCUGCUCUUGAAUGUCCCCUUAGAGAUGCUGGCCAGAUGACACAAAGGAAUGCCACGAGCCCCCAAAGCCCCCUUGGUUUCUUGCACCUAGCUGAGAAGGAAAUUUGUUGGUUUCUGAUACAGCCAGGAUCUUCUGAGAUUUUGAAAAAAGGGUUACUUACCUUGUUUUUUAAAUCAGAAGGGGAAAGGUUUUGUUUCAUCCGGUAAUAACCACAGAAAAUGAUGAUUUUGGCUUUUUGUCCUUCACAUUUCAAGUUUGAUUGCAUUUAUAGACAAAGUUUGCAAAGGCUACUGCAGUCCUCACAACACAGUUGCUUUAUAUUUUAACUGCAGUGGCAAGCAAUGGAUUGCAUCCAAGGGUGUCUCCAGAAGGACCCCACUUCUAGUUAAAUGGAAGCCAAAAAUGAAAUCCAGGCCCAGGUGGUGUGUGCCACAGACAUCGGUGUUCAUUUCUAUUACUGCUCUUACUGACCAUCUGUGGUGUGUGUGCAUAUGAAAUCAGUCCCAACAGCUGUAUUGGGAAUGACUCACACAGCUAUAACUAUAGAAAGAUUUCUUUAAAGGGUGCUAGAAGUAAAUACCAAAUCACUUAAAUGCUUUUGGGAGGGGAAUCGCAGACAACACCAUCUUUAUAUCUUUCCACUGUGUAAAAGUGAUUUGAGUAACAAAUUAUUACAAACUUUGGGGUGCCAUUAUCUGAAGGAUACUAUUGCACUAAUCUUGAUGAAUUCUAUUGGUCAUCAGCUAGGGGUUUGGGCAGUUGUUAUAAAAGAAUGGGAAGAUCAGCAAAAGUAUUUUCAUCCAUUUUAUGCUUUGGGAGUCCAGUGCUUGUGGGGCUGCAAACUUUUUCAAAAUGUAUGUAGGGGUCAGCUACCUGGAGUACAAAGGGGUUUUCUUUCUGGGUAAACAUACAUGAGCUUGUGCUUCAAGGUUAGCUAUUUUGGUCUAAAAGCAGCAAUAUAAGAGACAUUCAAUACGUUUCUGUUUACAAAAGCCAAACGUGUUGUCAACUGUGCUAAUUCAAUUGGCUUAAACAUUUUUUACAUGCACAAGUAAAAAAGAUAGAAAAGGAAAAAUGUUUCUUCACUAAUGAGAUACGACUAUGAGUACACAGAUAGUCAGUACUCUGAUCCAGAGAACUGGGUGCACUUGGGAGUGUCCUUUACAGCUUUUGCAUGUAUGAAUUUUAUACCAUGUAAGAACUGUUCACAUCAAACACUCCUGAUGGAUGAUUGUCCCCUACAAAGUACUACAGUGAAAAAUGACCGGGUCUCACAUUUGGGAGAUACUGCAGGAAACUUUUUGCAGAGAAAAAGGAUGCUGGGUCUCCAAGAGUUUUAGUUGAAAUGAUAUGGAAGGUGCUCAGCAUCUCGCUGGAUUAGUCCCCACUGUUUGUUUAUUUUCAGGGAAAUACUCAGAGACUACGGUUAGCUUUUUUUUCCAACUGUAAAAUAAAGUUAGCAGUCUUUUUGUCUCUUUCCCAGAGUUCCAAAUUUCACAGAUUUCACUGCACACACCAUUUUGCUUACAUGAAGAAUCAGGUGUAUUUCCUGGUUUACUUGUUUAUGAAUAAGUUAAAUCGACACUAUGUAGAAAUGAAUUUACAACAGAUGGGGGAAAUGCUCUGAGUUGUAAUUUUUAAAAAAUAAGUUUGUGAUGUGGUGUUUUAUAUGUCUUGUAUAAUAAUGUAAAACCAAUGUUAUUGUUUGGUAUAAUUUUUUAGACAAAAUUCUUAAAGGGAACUUGAGUAGGCGAUUCUUACAAGAGAAAACAAAAGAUCUUUUGUUUCAUAAUAAAUAUUUUAUGGCGUGA